AAGUUCUCGAUCACUAAGGUGGGGCUUUUCUUAGAGCCCAGCAGGCCCCGGCGAGGCUUGCAACCUCAUCGUCAGAGGUACUUGGAGACAGAGAGAGAGACAGAAAUGUGGGCGAGCGACCUUCUUUCAUCACCCACCCUGUCCUCAGGACCAAGGCGGAUUCAGUAGACUUCUUCUUCUUGAUGUUCGUCUCCCUGAAGGCCCAAACAUUUUGAUUUCGGCCCGCUUGUCCUCGUCAUUCAGAGUGAUCCCCCUUCUUUUUUUUCUGUGUGGAAUCCACCGAUUUCUCAGGAGAAAAGGGGUUUGUGUUAAGAUUUCCUCCUGGAUUACUUGUGGAGAUUAGUGAUGGGGAAUGCGGCCGCGGGGGUCUCGGAGCAGGAACCGUUUGAGGGCCGAGAGGCCAGGAACUCAGUCGGAGGAGCUUCGGGGAUGAGCGACCCCACGGCGACCCUGCAGAAGAAGCAGCCGGCUCCCCCUAAACUGCCCCCCGAGGAGGAGCUGGAGGAGCGCUUCAACGUGGUGCUGAGCUACAUGAACUUGCCUCCAGACAAACUGACGCUGUUGAGUCAGUAUGACAAUGACAAGAAGUGGGAAUUAGUGUGUGAUCAGGAGCGCUUCCAGGUGAAGAGCCCCCCGUCCACGUACCUGACCAAGAUCAAGAGCUUCUACCAGGAUCAAGGAGCGGUGUCCAGCAGGGUCGGUGGUCAAAAGGGAUUCACGUUUAACGCGUCUUUCUUCUUCUAUCAAUGUCUUGAUUCUCUUCUUCUUUUUCUUCUUCUCCAGCUGAAGAAAAGGAUCCAAGACGCCAGCAAGGUCCUGAAGGAUCUGGAGAUCUCUCUUCGGACCAAUCACAUCGGAUGGGCUCAAGAGUUCCUCAACGAGCGGAACAAAGGUCUGGACAUCCUGGUGGAGUACCUGUCUCACGCCCAAAGCGACGUCUCGUUCGACGUGGAGAGCGUUGAAAAUGGCGACACCCUGUCGGACAGAGGGAAACCGUCGGAGAGGUCGAUGGAGGACUUGACCAAGAGCUCCAGCGGCUCCCCGUCUCAUGGGAUGACCAAAGCUGCUCGAGCUCUGACUGUAAAAAUCAGCUCCACUCUGGGGAACAAGAUGUACAAGAAGUCUCAUUCCUCCAGCCAGAGAGACGACGUGCACGUGUGCAUCAUGUGCCUGAGAGCCAUCAUGAACUACCAGUCGGGCUUCAACCUGGUGAUGACUCACCCGCGCUGCGUGAACGAGAUCACCCUCAGUCUCAACAGCAGGAAUCCCAGGACCAAAGCCCUGGUGUUGGAGCUGCUGGCCGCCGUGUGCCUCGUCAGGGGCGGGCAUGACAUCAUUCUGUCGGCGUUCGACAACUUCAAAGAGGUGAGCAGAGAGAAGAACCGCUUCGAGAAGCUGAUGGAGUACUUCAUCAAUGACGACAGCAACAUCGACUUCAUGGUGGCUUGCAUGCAGUUCAUAAACAUCGUGGUGCAUUCGGUGGAGAACAUGAACUUCCGUGUUCACCUGCAGUUCCAGUUCACUCACCACGGGCUGGACAAGUAUCUGGAGCGUCUGAAGCAAACGGAGAGCGAGAAGCUGCAGGUGCAGAUCCAGGCCUACCUGGACAACGUGCUGGACGUGGGCACCCUGCUGGAGGACGCCGAGAACCGAGGAGGAGUGCUGGAGCACGUGGACGAGCUGCAGGAGCACAACGUAGAGCUCAGCGCUCGGCUCCAGGAGGUCGAGAGCCAGACCGCGGAGAGGACGUCUGAACUCGAGGCUCAGCUCAUGCAGGCCGCCAAGGAGACGGAGAUGCUCAAAGAGAGCCUGCGAGACUCCUGCUCCCAGGUGGGUUCCUUGCAGCAGAGAGAGAGGGAGCGUGAGCUGGAGAGGGAGAGGGAGAAGGACCGGGAGCGUCUGAGCACCUCCGCCCCCCAGACCUCCUCGGAGCUGGAGCAGAAGGUCCAGGAGCUGCAGGACAAGGGGCUGCUCCGACUGGGACGCAGCGCCUCCGGAGGUCUGGACAUCCAGGUGGUGCCCGUCACGGUGGUCGAAUACGUCCAGGCCUCCAUCCCCGAUGGCCCGCGGGCCGGCCUUCCUCCUUCUGCCUCUGGUCCUCCACCACCACCACCUCCUCCUCCUCCACCUCUUCCUCCUGGUGGCCCGGGGGCGGUUGCCUCUCCUCCUCCGCCUCCGCCUCCGCCACCUCAAGGAGGUUGUGGCACUGUACCCCCACCUCCUCCUCCUGGAGGAGUUCCACCACCACCACCACCUCCUCCACCUGGUUCUGGACCGCCACCCCCACCACCCCCGUCUGGUGCUGGACCGCCUCCCCCGCCCGGAGCACCCACCCCUCAAUCUGCGGUCAGGAGCAAGAAGCCCAUUCAGACCAAGUUCAGGAUGCCGUUGUUGAACUGGCAGGCCUUAAAACCAAACCAGGUGACGGGCACCGUGUUCAACGACCUGGAUGACGAGAAAGUCUUGGCGGAGUUGAACAUGGAUAUGUUCGGGGAACAGUUCAAGACCAGGGCCCAGGGUAAUCCAACAGACCUGUCCAACAUCAAGAAGAAGGUGGUCCAGAAGGCCCCCAGCAAGACGUCGUUGAUGGACCCCAACAAGGCGAAGAAUCUGUCUAUCGCUCUACGCAAAGGGGGGAUGAACCCAUCCGCCAUCUGCACCGCCAUCGAGACGUACGACCAGAAGUCUUUGUCCAUAGACCUCCUGGAAAUCCUCGAGCCCUUCAUACCGUCAGAUUAUGAGAUGAAGCUGCUGGUCAACUACGAGAAGGACGGCCGGCCGCUGGAGGAGCUGACGGACGAGGACCAGUUCGUCUUGCGCUUCGGGAAGAUUCCCCGUCUGAAGCAGCGAAUAAACACGUUCACGUUCAUGGGCAACUUCCCGGAGACGGUCAAGCGCCUGCAGCCGCAACUGAACUCCAUCAUUGCGGCGUCCAUGUCCAUCAAGUCUUCAGACAAGCUGAAAAAGUUCUUAGAAAUCGUUCUGGCCUUCGGCAACUACAUGAACAGCAGCAAGCGGGGCGCGGCGUACGGGUUUCGGCUGCAGAGUCUGGACCUCCUGCUGGAGACGAAGUCGACGGACCGCUCGCAGACGCUGCUGCACUUCAUCACCGGCAUCAUCCGGGACAAGUACCCCGACUUGGCCAACUUCCACACCGAGAUCCACUUCGUGGACAAGGCGGCGCUCGUGUCGCUGGACGGCAUGCUGCAGGACAUCCGCUCUCUAGAACGGGGAAUGGAAAUGACCAAGAAGGAGUUCCUGGUGCAGGACGACAGCCCGGUGCUGAAGGAAUUCAUCAAAACCAACAGCGAGCAGCUGGAGACUUUGAUCAAAGACAGCAAGACGGCACAGGAGGCGUACGGCUCCGUGGUGGAGUAUUUCGGCGAGAACCCCAAAACCACGCAGCCUUCCAUGUUUUUCCCAACGUUCGGACGCUUGAUAAAGGCCUUCAAGGCGGCGCACCAACAGCUGGAGCAGAAGAAGAAAAUGGAGAGCGAGAGCAGCGAGGAAAAGAUGUCUCCGAACAAGGCGGGGUCGCAAAAGGGGCCCAAGAUGCCGCAGGUGGACCUGAUCGCGGAGCUGAAGAAGAGGCAGGUGAAGCCUCAGGUGCGCGAGGGGAAGGACGGCGUUCUGGAGGACAUCAUCACAGAUUUGAGGAACACGCCGUACCGGCGGACAGAUGGCCGACGGCCGGCCCAGCGCCAGGACACUUGAGCCCCAUCUUUUUUUUAUUUUUAUAAACGUAACCGGAAUCACACGCGCACGGACAGAAGAGCGCGCCUUUAAAUGUACUGUACAUGCAGCAUAUCAAAACAUGUAUAAUGUGUUACGUGUGUUUUUGCCAACAUUCGAGUGUGAAUUUGUUGUGUAAAUAGAAUUUGAAGUUGGAACUGUGUUAUUUUUAAUGCUUAACAGAAGAAAAAAAAAUCUUGCAAACCUCGCCUGUAUCGAUGUAUUCCUGCGGCGCCUGACGACUUUGGAUGCUUUGAAUUCGUAACGUUUUAUUAUCCCGUCGAGUGAUUAAAAAAAAGAAGCAAAUUUCGA